GCUGGCCUUGAAUUCACAGUGAUCCUCCUGCCUCAGCCUCCCAAGUGCUGGGAUUACAGGCCUGUUCUGCCAUGGCCUACCUAAUUUCCUCUUCACUGCCACCAGUUUAAGAAACUCUCAAUUCUGCUGCAGAGGCGUACAGACCUCUACUGCUGCACAAAGAGGCCUCACUUUGGCCAGUUGGUGAGGCCUCCCCAAUUCUAACCAUUCUUCUAUGACCUCAUUCCUACCACUGGCUCCAUCUGUGGCUUUGUGAUUUCAUCAGUGAAGGAUCCAAACUUGGCUACUGAGACUCAGAGCCCCCAGGAGCACAGCUCCUCUACAGAAUCGGCUUGGGGGUGGCCUUAGGACCACAUUCUGUAGAGCAUCUUCAGACUGAGCUGGGUGCCUCUCUGAGUUGGGCCCAGGCUCUACACAAUAGACACUUGCCUUGGUUUCAACUGCCUCUGAGAAGCUUCAUCGAUCGCCAUGAAGUGCACUCCUGCUGCUGAUCCACAGCGUUCCUUGCAGCUGCUGGUGGCCUCCUUGUUCUGGAACAUGGGCAGCACAGCCCCGCCGACCUGGAGCUGCCCAAGCAGCUGGGCCCUGCCCCAUGGAGACCCACAGGAGCCCGAGAGGGGGACAGCAGCACCUGCUGAGCACCCUGGUCUUGGUGCAGACCCUAGCCAAUGUCAUCUGGCCUUGCUACGGACCCUUGGGGCGGCAGAAGUUCCUGGUGACCACUCACGGGGACACUGUGUGUACGGGCUUGGCCGCUGCCAUCCUGCUGGCAAAAGCAUUACUGGAGCAGGCUGAGCUCCUGCUCAGAGCUGGCCUGCCCUGCACCCAGCUCAGGGAGGCCUACAGCACAGCCCUGGCAGAGGUCAUGGCCAUGCUCCCUUCCCUAGCCAUCCAGGCCCUGGGGCCUUUGGAGGAUCCAUACUGGGCCCUCUGCUCUGUGAUGAACACACACUCCCUGGCCCACUCGGACCACCUGGCCAAGCUGGUAGCCCACGCAUGCUGGGCCAGCAAGGAGCCCAGUGGCAGCUUCAAGCCUGAGUGCAUUCGGCUGUGCAGGCUGUGUGGGGGGACGCUGUGGGACUCCUGCCUCCUCCCAGGGCUUGCCAUAGCUGCAAGCCCCUGUGGUCAGGUGACUACAAUGUCAUCAGGGGCCAGGGUGGCCCUCUUCACUUGCCACUUUGGUCCUGCUAGUCCCAAUGCCCCUGCAACUGCCUGUCUCUAUAGCCUCAAGGCCCUUCUUAUAUUCAAGAGAGAAACAAUGGACAUAGAAAAGCAGGUGGCCUAGCUGGCAGACUCGAAUGUCAACGUGGCUGUCAAAUGGGGGGAUAUGGAUAAAGAGACCCUUGCCCUGGCUGACCAGCUGGGCAUCAUGGUGAUUUGGGCUGAGCAAUCUCGGAGGGAAAUAGUGUACCUCAGUGAGGUGCUGGGCACCCCUCUGCUGACCAGCCUGCUCCCCCGACUGGAGCCUGGGCAGUGCUGGAGAGUUCACACACAGGAACUGGGGGACAGCAAGGCCGUGGUGUUUGAGUGGGAGCAUUCAGGUGCUCCUGUCCUCACCCUGGUCCUCCGGGGGUCUACAGCUGAGGGACUUUGGGGCACAGAGGAGGCCACCUAUCAUGGCAUUGAUGCCUAUGCCCAGCUCUGUCAGGAUCCCAGGCUGCUGCCGGGAGCCGGCACCACAGAGAUGGCUCUGGCCAGGAUGCUGUCAGAGAAAGGGGGCAAAAUGGAUGGGCCACAGGGGGCCACCUUCCUGGCAUUUCCCCGGGCACUGAGGUCUUUUCCUAAAACCUUGGCAGAGAAUGCAGGCUUGGCUGUCCCAACCGUGAUGGCAGAAAUGAGUGGCAUCCACCAAGCAGGGAACUUCCUGGUGGGAGUGGGAAGUGAAGGGUUACUAAAUGCUGCCCAGGAAGGCAUGUGGGAGCUCCUCGUGGUCAAAGCCCAAGGCUUCCGUGCAGUGGCCGAGGUGGUGCGGACACUCGUGACUGUGGAUGAGUUUGUGGUGGCCAAAGUGAGCCCUAGCCACCAGCAAAUCUCAAACCUGGAGUCCAAGAAGGCAAUAGAAAGCCUGUCCCCAGCCAGAAAAGAAACCCUUAUGACAGACAAGAAGCAACAUCCUCAACAAAACAGGACUGCCUGCCGAGGAGGGGAGGCCCCCCACCCCACCCUGGAAAUGCAUGUUUACCUUAUUUAGUCCUUCCACAUUGGGUGCUUUUAUUAUUUUAACUGGAUGUUUUUGUUUUGUUUUGGUACCAGGGAUCAAACUUGGGACC